AAACGAGCAUCAGCUACAACGGCUUUGAAAAUCAACUUGGAAUAAAGCUAGCUUUGAUUAGAAAAUGGCUUGUCGAAAGGAAAUCAACUGUGACAGACGUCAAGUGGUUGCUGAACAGAAAGACAGGAGAAAUUCGAGUGACGUCGCACCGGAUGGAGGAUAUGGCUGGAUUGUAACGGCAGCCAGUUUUCUCUGCAUCCUCAUUUCAGAUGGAAUUCUCUACUCUUUUGGAUUAAUACUUUCGGAAGCUGAACGCCUUUUUGAUGAGCCUGUCGCUAAAGUCGCGUGGGUCUUCUCAAUUAUUAACGGCAUUUCAUAUUUCUCAGGAAUGAAAAACCCACAUCAUUUAUUUUGUCCGAUUGCUUCCGCUUUAAGCAAUCGGUUCGGUUUUCGGGCCGUCAUUCUAACUGGCAGUGUUUUUGGUUUCCUCGGUCUGGCCACUUCGAGUUUGGCACAGUCGAUCGACAGUUUGUUUCUGACACUCGGCGUGUUUUAUGGAAUUGCAGUGUGCCUAGUUUUCACACCGAUCAUCGUUGGUAUGGGCCUGUAUUUCGAUAAAAGACGAGCAUUGGCCACCGGAGUCGCAGUCUGCGGUUCCGGAGCUGGUACUUUCAUUUUUGCUCCGGUCGUUAACUGGCUAUUGGAAACGUACGCACUCAGAGGCACAUUUCUUAUUUUGAGUGGGAUUUACUUAAACUGUGCGAUUCUUGGUUCGUUGAUGAUACCAUUGAAAUCCCAUAAGAGAGUUGAAUUAGUUACCCAACAUUCCGUUGAAAUGAUGAUUACAAAACCUCUGAUUGAAUCCCACAAUCAAACCAAGGAAAGCUGCCCUAUAAAACAGGUAGAAAACUUAAUGACUUAUACUAGUAAACUUAUAUUUUGUUUCAUUGAACGGCAGAACGUGGAAAGAAGAAACGGAAUGCAACUGCUCAAGGAUUCUUUUUUAAAUGCCCUCAAAUUAUUCAAAUUCUCCUUGUUCCGGUCACCCACCUUUGUCGUCAUUUGCUUCUCUAGUUUCUUCCAGUCUUUCGGAUGGCUGGUCCCCUUCAUGUAUCUAGCAGCUCAUGCGGUCAGUAUGGGAAUAUCGAAAGAGGAGGCUUCGUUCCUUCUUUCCGUUGUUGGAAUAUGUAGCAUGACAGGUCGUAUCAUCAACGGAUGGCUUUCUGACAAUCCCAAGGUCAGCGUGCUUCUCCUCAAUAACAUCGGAUUGUCCAUCUCCGGUUUGCUGAUUAUCCUGUGUCCAUUCUUCUUCUCCUAUCAUUUGCUUGUCAUAUUUUCCAUCAUCCUUGGGUUAGCUACGUCGUGUACAGCUGUUACGCGACCCAUUUUACUUGGUGAACUGUUGGGUUUGGAGAAUGUUAAUAAUGCCUAUGGAUUCAUGCUCGUGUUUUAUGGAAUUGCUACCCUGUUUGGAACUCCAGUAGCAGGUUUUCUGUACGACAGUCUUGGUGAUUACCAUGGUGCUUUCUACCUUGCCGGAUCCUCUGUUCUACUCUCAGCAUUAAUAUGUUAUCCACUUGGAAUAAUCAACCGGUGGGAGAAGAGGCUGCAUUCCAACAACUGAGAUUUAUUUUAACCAAUUCCGGUUACCCAAUAACUUUAUGCUUAUCCUUCAGCUGCAAUGUAUAGCACUGGUCUAAAUUCAAAUCAGACCGCCUUCCAUUUC